AUGGACGGAGCAGCAGCUUUGGUUGUGAUGCUGUCAGCAAUGGCAGUGACGAUCUCGUGUCAUCAAGUCUGCUUCAUCGGAUCGGAGUACAACCCACAUUCUGGUAUGCCACCCCGUUGGUUCUUACCGUACGAAGAUCCGUGCGAAUGCACUGCUAUACACCUCGGCGGAAUGCGCAUCACUGCUUCGUCAUACCGCCAGGGGGCGCCCCACUACCUGAACGAGCUUUUCAUGAGCGAGGAUUCCGACGAAAUUCAAGCUUACUUCGACUGUCAGCCUGCAGAGAAUAAUCCAGCGGAGUGUUCAAGCCCGCAACCCCUUGGUAUGGAGGACGGGACAAUCCACGAUGAUCGCUUCACGGCGUCCAGUAGUUACACCCAUUUCCCUGUGAGUCAGGCACGCCUAAACAAUAACGGAGGAUGGCUAGCCUAUAGGAGCGAUGCCAAUCCCUGGAUCGAGGUGGACCUCGUUGAGCCUACAGUGGUGAGCGGGGUCAUCACACAAGGCCACCAUAAUCAAAAUUGGCAUGUGAAGAAGUACAAGGUGGCGUACAAGAAGCAGCCCUCAUCUGACUAUGAACACGUAACAGAUGGAAACGGAAAUAUCAAGGUGUUCAUCGGUAACACUGAUGGCCAAAUCCCGGUCACUAACCUGUUUGCUGAGAGUGUGGUCGCCACGGUAGUCCGCAUUGAGCUUAUUGAACGGUAUGAGCAUGCUGCUCUGCGAUUGGAGCUGCUUGGAUGCCGUGAUUAA